GCCAGUCGAAGGGUAUCUUUGUGCAUGAAUUGGCCAGCUGGGCUUUUAAAUCUAAACUGUUUACAACUUGUUAUCCUAACAGUCUGAUGGCAGUCAAGAACAUUUCUGAAUCAAAGUCACAAUGGUUAUAUCUGUUCAUCAGCAUUUUAACAGCCCCAUGUCUGAGCUUUGAACCGGUGUUGAACUGCUCAGAGCCCUCCAAUCUGGCUCUGCUGGAGGCGUUGACACCAGUCAUGAAACUCAGCUCCAUUCGUCCUGUCAUCCGCCAGUCUACGCCCACCAACGUCAGCAUCUGGUUCACUCUCUACGGUAUCCUGGGAGUGGAUGAAAAGGCACAAGUAUUGACAACUUACAUUUGGCUUAACUUUGUGAGUACAAAUAUUUUCUCUUUGUAUACAAUGUGGGAAAAUCUGUUUUUUAGUUGGGAUCCAGUGAAGUGUGGAACUAACAAGAUUGCUUUGCCACGAAAAAUGUUCUGGGUGCCAGAUAUAGUGAUCAACGAAUUUAUGAACGAGAACUCCGCUCCACCUGUUCCGUACAUUUACUUGUUUAACACGGGCAAAGUUCGAGAUGCCCAGCCUGUUCGAGUGGUCAGCUCCUGUAGCCUGAACAUCUACACCUUCCCUUUCGACAUCCAAAACUGCUCUCUUACUUUCAGCUCAUACAUUCACCACGUGGCGGACAUAAAGGUGCGUCUCCAAGUGCCUGUGGAGGAAAUCAUACAUCGUUCCCUGGAGGUGAUGACCACCAUGGGCGAGUGGGAGUUACUGGACAUCAAGGCUCAAAAGGGCCUAUUGCUAGCCUUCAACCACUCCCAGGACCCUAUUGAUGUGCUUGCUUUCUAUAUCGUGGUGAGGCGCAGAGCCACCCUGUACGUGGUGAACCUCCUCAUCCCCAGCAGCUUCCUGAUCACCGUCGACCUCUUCAGCUUCCUGCUCCCCCCCCAGAGUGUCGACCGCUCCUCCUUCAAGAUGACCCUCAUCCUGGGCUACACCGUCUUCCUGCUCAUCAUGAACGACCUGCUGCCCGUCACCGGCAACACCAUCCCGCUCAUAAAUGUGUUCUUCUCUAUCUGCCUGGCUCUGAUGGUGGCCAGCCUCCUGGAGACGGUCAUUAUCACCAACCUCCUGUGCUCCGGUAAAAAAUCACCGGUGCCUCGCUGGGUCCAAGUGGUGGUCCUGAACAUCAUGGGCUGGCUGGUCUGUCUGCCACAGAAGCCCAGCACAGAGGACAUGCUUAUGUCUCACCCAGCUAUGCGAGCAUCCCUGGAGAACCUGUCCAACACUCAGGUGAAGGCUCCAGGAGAGAUGGGUUCAGUCCAAGAGCAGCUGACCCUGGAUGAGCUGAGGAGACUGGGCGGAGACCUGCAGGCCAUCCGCCUCCAGGUGGACCAGCAUCUGAAGGGAGACCAUGGUUCCGAUGAGUGGAUUCAGGUGGGCUAUGUCGUUGACAGGCUGCUCUUUGGCCUCUACAUUGCCUUCAUCUGUGUCAGCUUCAUCACCAUCAUCUGCAUCUGGGUCACAUCCUACAAGAAAUAGAACACUAGCAAUGUAUUACUGCUAUGACUACACUACUGAACUAAUGCUACUAGUGUAUGCUAGAAUUCUGGAAGUAUAGCACUAAUUCAACUAUUUAUAAGUUUUCUACUAAAUGCAUUGACUUUGACUCAUAAGUGUAAUGUGAAUUGGUCAUUGUUUAGUUUGUUUAGUUAUUUCAUUUUUUAAUGCCAUGAUAUUUGUGUGAAUGGCUCAUCAUGCUAAUUAGCCACAACAUUCA